AAAAAAGAAAAGAGAAAGAAAACUCUAUCUAUCAUCUCUCAGGAUCGUCACUCUACUUGACUGGCGUCGGUUCUUUUCUCCGCCGAUUUCAUCAAAAUCACUUCAAAUCCCCAGCUUCUUCAGCUCAACGGGUCUCCGUUUUCUUGAGCUCCUUUUGCUGUUCCAGUCCCUGGGUCUCUCUGGUUUCUUUCCCAAGAUUUCACUCCAUUUGCACUCUGUCAGGCCGUGAUCUGGUGAUCUGUGCUGUUUAUGGGAGAUCGGUGUGAUUUCUUGAGGUUUUCGAAGUUACCCAGUUUGUGAUUCGGGGUAUUCUGGUGGAAAGGCAGGAAUUUGGUCGGUUUUUCGCUUCAGAUCUUCUGGUUUGUGGCUGGGAAUGGUGGAUCUGAGCGAUAUGGGAUCCGAAUCUGAGGAAAUGAUGAGCGAGAGUCCUGCCCAAGAAAGGGUAUUUUCGUCCGAGAUCAAAACUUGUGCUGAUUGCGGCACAACUAAGACGCCUCUCUGGAGAGGCGGCCCUGCUGGCCCCAAGUCUUUGUGCAAUGCUUGCGGGAUAAGGAGCAGGAAGAGGAGAAGGGCACUAUUGGGACUUAACAAAGAGGAAAAGAAGACGAAGAAGCCCACUGGCGGAUGCAAGAGCGGCUGCGGAGGGAGCAGUUCAAGCGACAGCGGAAGCAGCAGCAGCAUGGGCGGGGGCAAUACGGGGAUUUCACCCCCCUCAGCUCCAUUGAAGAAGAGGUUCUUAGAAGUUGGGUUGCAGAAGCCAAGAUCUCAGCAGCCAAGAAGGAAGCAGCAGCUAGGAGAAGUGGAAAAAGCUGCCUUUCUGUUAAUGGCUUUGUCUUGUGGCUCUGUGUUUGCUUAAGAUGAAGAAGAAGAAGAAGAAGAUAAGGAGAUAGAAAGAAAUGAAUGGUCUCUCUCUGUUUUGGUCUCUUUUUGUUUGGGAUUAAUUAAUUAGUUUUUUUUAGUUAAGUUAGAGAUCAUCUCCUAAGAAGGAAUGAAGAAUGAAAGUUGUUAGGGGUAGGGAGUGAUGGAAGGGCAAAAUUGUAACAUCACAAAGAUUGGAAGCUGUCUUUGAAAUGUAGGGCUGAGAUUUCAUCAAGUAGUUUCCCAAUGUUUUUUUUUUAUUUUCUUUUCCGUUGGAAAAUUUGCUGACUUUUUGUCUCCAUUU